AUGGCGCCGGUUCCUUCUAUCGGCGCAAUUGCCGACAUCAAUCCCUUCAGCACUUCAUCUCGACAGCUUGUCUCUCGCGCCCUCACCUCGGACUCCCUCGUCGUGGCGAUCAUCAUCCUCUCGGUCAUCUCAACGCUUCUGCUCAGCAGUAUGCUCUUCCUCUUGGCCAGAAUCUGGCAACAAUUGAUGGCUAAGAGAGCCAGUUCAUUGCCAUCCGAGGCCCCCAAGCACCAAGGCGGGACCUCUGAGCGCAAGCAGAGCGACUGGGCCAGGAAGAAUAGUAACGUGCUCUGGUCCAUGUACAUUGAGGAGGACGAUCUGAAAGCUCAAUUCGCCGUGUCGCCAAAAUCCAGGCUAUUCUCCAUCGGAUCUCUCUCCACGGUGGACCAGGGAAGGUGUCCCCUGGAGCGCCGACAGUCGCAGAGCAAUCCACUGGAACAACACAAGGUUGUGGAUGACAAGAACACCAAGACAGAGGAGUCAACUGCCGACCUACGCAGUCGAAUACCGUUCGAGCACCAGACAACCCCAACCAAGAACGUCGGGCGCGCCCGAGCCCUAUCUCAACCUUGCCACCACAAGUACAGCAGUUCCAUCACGGAACUGGCGAAGCGCAAGCAAAGUGUACCCGCACGGAUCGACGAGGAGGUUUUCGGAGGCUACGAGUUCUAUGGAGGCCCGUGA